AUGGACUCUACAGGCUUACUGUUAAUCCCCAGAUACUCCAUCGUGUGGAAAAUGCCUAUAAAUGCUGACCUUGCAGUAACACAGGAGAAGAAAGCUAUCAGUCACAUUCUGGAUCAUGGCUAUUCUGUACUGGAUUCCCCCAAGGCAAAUCAAUCAUUUCCAAAGGCAGCUAAGUCCUUGAUUAAAGAUCAAGAGGAAGACAAAGUAUCCAAAAAGGGCAACAAGAAAGCAAAACAGACAUCUGAAAAGCUCCCACACUUCAGACCUGAGGACAGAAGCAGAGGGAAAGGGAGCUCAGUAACUCCUAAGAAGAGCAAGCGCAAACUGCUGUGCUGUUUACACAAAGGAAACAGAAGAUAUUCUCGAGAUUCCCUUCCAGCUGGGGCAGUGCCCCAUUUACCCCCACAGGAAGGCUUUCCCAGCCAUGCUGGUGGUGUCAGUGGUUGGGAGAUUCAUCCGAUGUUCAUUCUGCCUCAUGUUUUCCAUUUGCUAAUGGAUCAGCUCUCCAGAGCUCUGCGCUUCUCCCUUCAGCAAAUACAGAGACGCUCUGACAGAUCUCAGCAAGAGAAAAACUGGCAAAAUGUUUGUAAGGAAAAUAAGAAAGCACUGCAUAGACUGUGGGGUUUACAUAUCACAGAACAGAGAACUGAGGAUUUAGCUGUUUUCUCUGGAAUUAGGUGUGAACAACAAGACCAAAAUGGUGUCAGCCCUUCAACUCCUUUGAUGUUGCCAUCCAAUAACUCUGCUGUCAUCACAAAAACUAUUACCAGAACAUUUCCUUUAAAGCAGAAAAGGCACUUAGUCAAUGUUAAGGCCCAUCAUCUGCAAAAUAUCAACAAGCAAUCAAAAAGUACAAAAGAUCUGGAGAUCCAAAUGCUGCAGCUGGAGUGCGAAGAACUCAAAAAUCGACUACGAUGCUUAAGGGAAGGCCUGAUGGGGCAGAAGCUGAGCAACACAGAAGAGCUACUGAAACAAUCUCAGAAAGAACUGUUGUGCCUUCAGAGACAACUAUCACUUAUCUCCACAGGAAGCCCCAUGUGUGUUUUCGCAGCUAACAAGACAACUAAUGAAUCAUUUCUAGCCUGAAUACAAGCUGUGCAAACACACCAAUGCUGCUGCUGCCGCCGCCGCCGCUGCUGCUGCCUCUCUCUCCAAGGUUGUAAUUUGACACAGUAGACUGCAGAGCUUUCUCGGCAAUGAAUGCUGAACGUCGGAAGCACUUGAUUUGAAGUUUGGAAAUGAUCCAUCAUGCCUGCAGUCUGCAACUUCAGCAUGCACAUCUGAUCAGGUUGAGUUUAUAGAAGAGACCCAGA